AUGGCGGACUUGAUCAACUUUGUUUCUAAGAGAGAAAUUGACGCUAAAAAAGAACAGAGACGAAAAGCAAGGGAAGACAUCCUCAAAAAGGCAAGUCCUGAUGAAAUUUUAUUAUUCUUUUUAUAUUUUCAGGUAACCUAAUCCAUCUCAUGCGGAAUUUUGUCAUGGUAAAGGUCGUUUUCACGUACUGUGGAACCUUCGAAAAAUGGUCAAAACAUGUAACUUUAAAAUUUCAUUUACAGCUUGAAGGGAACUUCAACUGCUUAACUGAAAGUCUUAAUUGAAUAUCCUUUACUUUGAAGGCGAAGCAAGAUUAUGAACGAGAGCAGAGAGAAAAAGAACGGCGGAAAGAAACUGGUGAAAGCUCGUGGAUGCUUCCUUCUCUUAGCAAGAGACUAGCAGAAGUCGACGAUAAUGAAAAGGUAUUAAGGGACGUAUUUGUUGUAGUUAAUUUUUUAUCUCAGGUAAUUUUUAUUUUUCUUUUGUUUCAACUUCAUUAGCAUAGAUUACCAUACCCAGAAACAAAAGAAAAAUAAAAAUUACCUGAGGUAAAAAAUUAACUACAACAUAUAUAUCUUAAAAUUUUUCAGAGAGGAGCAUGCCCCCAGACCCCAUUAGAGGCUUGUGCCUUUGGCGCUUGUGGGAGUGGCUAUGCCGCUCCUAAAACCUUCCUUUUUUCAGUUGACAGGGUUUGAAUCUCUGUAACGAUCGUCUUCUAUUUCUCUUGGGACGACUGUAAUACCCAGGAGAAAUUGGAAACAACAGUUAUACAAAAUUUUGGGGGGUAAACAAGAUGAAUUAUGGACUAUGUGAAAAUGAUGAAUAUGUUGUAGUUAAUUUUUUAUCUCAGGUAAUUUUUAUUUUUCUUUUGUUUCUGGGUAUGGUAAUCUAUGCUAAUGAAGUUGAAACAAAAGAAAAAUAAAAAUUACCUGAGAUAAAAAAUUAACUACAACAUAUACCUCAAAGAUGCUAUUUUCUGCAUGGUGAGAUCCAAAAUUGUUGCAGGUUCAUGCUCGGAUGCCAAAAGGUAUAAAAAUGGCUGAGAAACAACAGGAAAAGGGCAAAGAAUCAUGCUAAAAAGACCUUUUGCACAAAGCAUUAAUCCUUCUUUGGUUUGGAAAAGUUUCAAAACCUGGGACAAUAUUAAGCGAAAAUGGGAGGCCGGAAAUAUUCGCCGAAAGUGGAAGGUUUUCCAGCCAGAACGGAAGGGUUGGAAUCUCUGUGGUUAUACAUAAUUUUGGGGGGUAAACAAGGUGCAUUAUGGUCUAUGUGAAAAUUGUGAAUACAAAACAUGGUUCACCCCUGUCAUGUGGCCAACCCUAAUUUUUGAACAUGACUUUUAAACAGAGGUCUAAACAAAUUUUAGAACCAUAGAGAAAGCUUUACAACUCAGUUGUAAAAUGCAGUUAAUGGAGUGUUAUGCCCUCAAUCACCAACAUGUAAUGCAAUGUUAUACCAGCCCUUAUCACAACUGGUAGAGUUUUACUCGUAGUAGGUAAAAGUACUGUGUAGUAUGAAAAUUCACGUUCUAUUAAGUGGUACAUCCCUCGGAUAGCAGUCUGACUAUAGAAAGCCUAGGAAAAAUCCUGUCUCAUCCUGUAUUGCUAAGUUGUAAUACUUCAACCGUCCUAAAGUUUUGUCAUUCCCACCCUUUCCUCCUUGUGGAGGUUUUAUUGUUGUUUUCAAUAAUCAUGGGCUCACUGCUUUCUUUCACCUUCAGUUUAAGUCUCACAGUGACUUCCCUAAGCUUUGAUUUUAAUGCAAACUAUUAUAUUUGAUUGUAUUCCAUCAUGUGCCGGCGAAGUCAGCUGGUAGUGCUGAUAAGAUAAAGUUCCUAGAACAGAAUAAUUGCGUACACUGUUCCAUUAUUAAAAGUUGCACAAUGCUGGCAAGAGGUUUCAAGUUGUAGUACCGUGGAGUGUUAAACCUGGUUCACACUUGCGACAUAACGACAUAAGAGAUAAGAUGCUUACAGGUGUAUGUCGCAAUUUAUGUGAACAUCGACAUAAUGACAUUACUGUACAUCCAGUAAAGAAAACAAAAUGGGGAAGGCGCUCCUCAUGGCAUUUGCCAUUGUGUUGUUUUUUCUAAUAAGAAGGCGAAGAAAAAGUCUGCAAAACAAGACAACUGCGUGUUUCAUUCAAGCCACACAGUGAUACAUAGAUGUUUCAUUGACUUUAAGUGGAAAGUUUUGUGUCAUUUUGUCAACCGUAAAGAACCCUUCAGGUGAAUUAUUUGAACUCGCUUCACUUUAAUGAAACGUGUGGGUCAAGUUCUCAUCACAGAACAGCAAAGGUUUCAAAAUCUAGACCAAAUAUCUAUUCUGUCUAGCAUAUAGGCAGGUCUACAAUUUGUUUGUUUGUACCUUGUGUCUUUGUUUGACCUCAUUUCCACAAUGAAACUAAGACAAACCACAAAGAAAUUCCCGUGCACUCAACAUGUCACAAGUUCACAUGAAGGGGCAAUUUUAAAUCUGAUUGCCUCACCCUUUAUUGUUUUUAGUGUGUUAUGUGAGACAAAAGCACAAGCUCAUUAAAGUGUGCUCUAGCAUGCUUUGUAAGCGUGUUAAAGUCAAUUUCUUUUGUUUUUAAGUGGAAGCAUGUUGUGAGUGUGUUAUAACCUUUGUCCCUGAAAUCAUAUGGAGGGUCACAUAUGUGACACACAGCGAUUUAAAAAAAAAAUUGAAAAAAUUCCAUCGCUAACCUACGUGUUAUAGAGAAGAGACCGGUGGUGCUAACAGCUAAUAAAGAGCAUCAAGUCUUUGAAGUCACCAUAGCCUGAACUAGUCAAUCUUGUUUUCUCUAUUAAAUCAAACAGGUUUUUUCAGUGUGAGCCAAUGCACCAAGCUCAUGGCUAUUACAUAAAAGGCCUAGAUUGGAAACUGUUUCCAAGCAAAAUGUAGCACAUGCUUGAUUCAUGCAGAGCCUUUCUAUUAUUGAUCAAGUGGAGUUUUACAGACGUUUGUAUGAUGGGGUGGGGGGCACAAACUUGACCCCAAACAUCACUUUCAAACUUGGUGAGUUUACUAAGGAAGGUUCUAUUGAGAUUCAACCUAGGUUGAAAAUGAUUUUGUCCUGUAACGUAUUCCUCAACUGCUUGGUUAGAAAUAGAAAACUCAAGGUUAAGUUAUUAAAAUAGUAGCCUAAUUGAAUGUGCAUACUGAGCAUGUUUUUGUUUUUGUCUUUACAAGAACACGUCAAAGAAGAAAAAACACAGAAAAGACAAGAAGCAAAAAAAGUCCAAAAAAGAGAAAAAGGUGAGAGUUAUUGUUUAUAUUGAAUAAUGUAUAUAUAUUAACAUGCCUUUAAUAUGCCUCUUUAUAUGCUUUCAAAAAGAAAACUAAGAAAAGUACAGUAAUUGUACAUUGCUUGGGCUGUGUCUUGCAUAAAGGUAAACAGUCCAACAAUCUGACCUGUGCACUUUUGUCUAUUGUGCAAUAAUUAUUGUAAUGCACAUGUACAUACACCGUACUACACUGCGUAUAUGAGUCAUACAUGUAUACUUCUGUGUAUCUUUGUCUUUAGCAGUUAUUGGGUUCAAAAUCAAUCUGCAUAAUUCUUCAUGUCAUACGAAAGCUGAAUUCAAUAAUUGUGUUAUUAUUCAUUCAAAUAUUUCCAACUUUUCCAUGCUUGCAAUGUACAUGUACUUUGAGUUUAUUGAUGGAUACAUGUAGUUCCUGUCUUCAUGACUCGGAAAAUUCAGAAUUUAAAGGGAUGUUCUUCAAACAUGGCAGCAGUCGUCAUCUGCCGAGUAGUAUUAUUUCUUGCUGCUUUUGUUAUAAUUUCAGCUGGAACUAGUAUAGCUACUGUAUUUCUGCUUUGCAAAAUUAUGGGAAAUAAGCUCAGCUAUAUCACCUUCUGUCAUCUCUUUUUCAGUCUGAUUGACCGACAGUAAAAGUGACUUAAUUUUUUAUUGUACUGUCAAACAUGUUCCAAAUUUGGCGAAUGCUUGGUGGUUAUGAUGAAUUAGCUGUGGGCUAGAAAUAGUUUGAACGAAUAAUAUGGUACAUUGUAAUGUACUUUUUAGGGGGCAGUGUAAAAAUAUAGUGAGAGCAUCAGACUUGCUCUGAAUUCAUGUCCCACCUUGAACACUGGCUGGAGUUGUUUGCAGGGUUCAUACAGAGUCUUGAAUUCUCAAAAAAGUCUUGAAAUUAAUUUUGCCCAGUAAUUUUUCAAACCUGGAAAAGUCUGGAAAAUAGAGAUAAAGCCUUGAAAAAUGGUAAAAAGUCUAAAGUUCUUUUUUUGAAUGCUGCAACAAGUACAGUGCGUUCUAAGUGACUAUUUUUUCCUUUUGGUCGAAUCUUAUUCAAUUUUGCUCAUACGUUUGUGUAAAUCAUGAAAAAAGCUUUGUUCUUGAUUUUUUAAGGUCUGUACUUAUUACCAAUAGGCCUUAUCACAGUUUUCGAUGCCAACUUGAAGCGUGGGGCAACAGUGUUUGCAUGAGAAUCUAGUGUCGAAUAAUAUUUCUGUUAAACAGCUGCUCUGAAAGAAAUUGUAAACUAAAGCCUCACUCUUAACGAUUCUACAGAAAUUGAAAAACAUUUGAGGGCAUUACAUGCAGCUACAAGCGCUAGAACCACUUUAAAACUUUCUAUACAUUUGUCUGUAAAAAUUUCUCUUCCUGCCAACUAACAUUUCCUGGGAAAAACUGCAGACCUUUAUGUAUUUACAUGUAGAUAUGUAUGGAGAAUCUAAAGCAAGCAUCUGGAGAAAUUUGAGCACAGGAAUGGCCCCCAAAAUUUGUUAGUAAGAUCGUUUGCUGUGUAGCAUUAGUUUACAAUUCAUGUUUUUUCACAACAGCCUUUUUAUGGAAAUUAGUCAACAGUUAAUUCUAAUUGUAAUUUCUCACAUGGUUGCCUACUUGUCAAGGUGGCAUCAAAAACAGUGUAAAGACCUACAUGUAUUUGAUAACCUUGAAUCUGGAAAUUGUUUUAGAAAAGCCUGAAAAAAGUCUGGAAUUUUGGGUCCAAAGGUCUGUACAAACCCUGUGUUCACAGUAGACUCCAGAGUUCAAUUCAUCAUCAUCAUCAUCAUCCUUGUUUACUUAUUUACUUUGGUUCAUUUUUUAUAUAAUAUACCCACAAAUAAAUGCAUACAUGAAAAUUGGUCAAAAAAAACCCUGCUUAACACAUUUAUAAAAAUUUCUUAUUCCAACCCAAAAAUCCCCCACCUUUUUCAACUAACUUUAAAACUUGUCUUUUAUUGUUCUGUUGUGAUCUGAAAAAUAAUCUAGUUUAAUAACAAAGUAUUAUCAGAAAGGAAAGACUGUCUCUUAAGAAUUAUACAUACGUUAAAUUCAGCAUUUGCACACAUAUUGAUGUGAAUAAUGAAAAUGGAGGAGUGUUGAUGUUUUGGUAUCAUCUCAUGAACUUUUAGGAUAGGAAUUCUUAAAAUGUUUGACUAUUUGUAGCACAAGAAGUCAAAGAAAGAUACCGCAGAAGAACAAGGCUCAUCAGAAUCUGUAAGUGUCUUAAGAAAAUGGUUUUAAUAAUGUUCUGUCACAUACAACAUGUAUAAACUAUUUUUCUAAGUUAGUACAUGGUUGCUGAUGAUCAGUAAGCUGGAUAUCACCUGUUUUUUGUAUAACUGUGAAAGGUUUGAACCCAGGAGUCAUUUGAUAAGUAGGUUGAGUAUGAUCGUCCAGGUGAAUGUAGUCCUGAAUAGGACUGUAGUCUGUUGUUGUUGACAGUGACUGGCGUUUUGACAACCUUUGCGGUAGUUAUCUUCAGAGUCAAAGUGAGUUGUAUCACGUCAGUUGAUGGUAUUAAACUCUGGUUAUUGACCAGACUGGUCAAUUAACUGACAGACGACCAAUAACAUCGCAACUUAGUUGACCAAUCAGGUCAAUAACCAGAGUUUUAUACCAUAAACUGACGUGAUACAACUCACUUGACUCCGAAGAUGACUACUGCACAGGUUGUUGAAACGUUAGUGACAGUGUUCACCCGUAUGAUCAUACUCAACCUACUUAUGUUUUUUGUAUAGUUGGCAAUGACGAGGGCCAGGGAAUUAAUCUGGUCCUAGCCGGAUACAGAUGUUCUCAAAGGCUUUUUCAUGUAUUCCCCCCUAAGCUCUAAGAAUCUUCUGAGAUUGUGCUUCUUUCACAUUAUGCUGGCAAUUUUCAUUGUAAAUAUUACAACAGCAAUGUAAAUUAUUAAAAUUUUAAUUUUCUUUGUAAUUAUAAUCAUAAAAUUAUUGUUAUGGCUCUCCUUCACCACCCCCCGCCCCACCCUUCCCCCGCCCGCUACAUUUUAGUGAGCAAAAUGAAGCAAAUCCCGUGCUCUGCUGAUUGGUGGCUAGAAUGGGCAAUCCUGCUUUUGAUUUUGCGCUUUCUUUCUGCAGGGAAAAAAAACUUAUUUUGAUCAGUAAUACACAAAGGUAAAUCCCUUUUUAACCAAUCUUGCUCAGAUCGGGUGGGUGGAUGGAUAAUGGCCUUGUUCUUAUCGUGUUUGUUUGUUUGUUUGUUUGCUGCUGUGGAGCAAGAUGAAAAAACUUGGCCAACACAUCCAGCCAUCUCAGUUGACCUAUCACUUAAGUCAGAAAAACGUCCUAUUUGUUGUUGCUCGUUUUUUUGUUUGUUUGUUGUUUUUUUUUUUGGUUAAGAUUAUCAUUGUCAUCAUUGCUGUAGGAAUCGGAGGAUGAGUGGGUGGAAAAAGGACAAGACCCAACAGCAGCCAACACAGAGAGCAAAGAGAGCUCUUCUUCAGGUCAACCUCAGGUAUUAAGUCUAUACUCUAUAUACAUGUGGAGGGGGACAUUGGGGAUACCCAAUACCGUAAUACCGUAAGAAAAAUUGGUAUUGGUAAAUACUGAAAUAGCGUGUCGGCAAUGGACAAAAUAUCGAUACUGCAUUUAUGAUCGGUCACGCUUACUUAAAGUUGUAUCCAUCUUGCUUGUUUGUUUAUCCUAAGCGUUUAUGCGUCAGCAAUUGAAUAGUGCGAGAAAACGUGAUAAGACCUCGAGUUGAUCGGUACAACGAUAAAAAACCUGGACAUUGGAUGCUCUACCAAUUUCAUCAUAGAUUAACUGUAGUGACAGGAGAGCGCAAAUGAACCGUGCCGCAGUACCGUGAAGGAUCUUCUUAUACCGAAUACCGUUAGCCGAAAGGAUGAAAAACCGCACCCCACAGGGAUCGGUGAUACCGUAAUACCGCACAUUAAAACUAAAAUUACCGAAAUAACGCUUGAAAAAAAGCCCAAUACCGCAAUACCGUAAACCCCCUUGUCUCUCUCCAUGUAUUUCACCUUACGCUAUCUUUAGUAACAUACAUGGUGUAACAUUAUGGCAGGUUGCAUCUCAUUAAAGGCCAAAAGACAUUUUUUUCCUCCCAUUUUUAUGGGGAGUUUACCUCUUAUCUUGGGGGAACCUCAUUCUAAUAGACCUUUUUACCGAUACGGCGGCCAUAUUGAAUUAAUUCGAUUUAAGGAGAAUUAUAGGAUGCCCAGGGGGCAUGAGCACAUUUCGUUUGUAUUUUCGAGCGCCUUCUGGGACAUUUUUUCUUAAAGUUUUCUUAGAAUAAGAUUAUAAUGGGAAAAGAGAUCCUUGUGCCGUGUUUGGAUGUAAUAAUGAUCGCCUUUUUCUAAUUUAGUAUUAGAAAUAAGAUCUUUCAGUGCAUAUUUCUUGGCAAAAAAGGCGAUCAUUAUUACAUCCAAACACGGCACAAGGAUCGUGUUUCCCAUCAAAAUCUUAUUCUAAGAAAACUUAAAGAAAAAAUGUCCCGAAAAGCGCUGGAAAAUACAAACGAAAUGUGCUCAUGCCCCCUGGGCAUCCUAUAAUACUCCUUAAAUCGAAUUAAUUCAAUAUGGCCGCCGUAUCGGUAAAAAGGUCUAUUGUCCACAUGUAAAAACAACUACUGAUUCAAGAUCACUUUCAAAAUUACCUUAGAGUGAAUUGCUUUAGAAUGAACAUUGAAAAUCUCUUGUUCUUGACAGCAGCGUGACAGUUGGAUGCUGUUUCCUCCAAUCAUAUCAAGCCCAGAUCAAGCAAUGGACGUUGACGACGAAGAACCAGAAAAAGAGGAGAGUCAAGAGGAGGACAGCAAGUUCAAAGCUCUCUCUUGCAUAGAUCAAGUGAGCAGUUUGGCUUAAGUGUUUCUCAGUGGGUUGAAUUUUACAUGCAUUGUGUUUUUGCCAGUUCACUUGCUACACUGUGUAUCCAAUACCAACAAUGAGUAUCCCCGAUAGGGUUCUUCAAUUCUGUCUUCCCACUCAAAACAUUUGUCGCAAUCUCGUAACUUAUCCCGAUGGUUAUUUUCUGUACUCCGUAUCCCGUGUAUACUUUCAGUUCCCAAAAAAUUCUCGCAAUCCCGUAGCUUAUCCCGAUGGUUAUUUUCCGUACUCCGUAUCCCGUGUAUACUUUCAAUUCCAAUAAAAUUCUCGCAAUCCCGUAACUUAUCCCGAUGGUUAUUUUCUGUACUCCGUAUCCCGUGUAUACUUUCAAUUCCAAAUCUCCCCACUCAUCUGGUUUUAAAUUCCGAGUCCCAGCCUAUAAAUGAGGCAAAUCCUGCAUCCAGGGAAACCUGUUGGCGACCAACAAUGACUGUUAUUUCUGCACUUGCUUGUGUCUCAUUUAGCAAGCCUUUGCAAUGAAAAAGGCAAUCAGAAUUUUUUUGUUGGUUUGUUUAAUCAUUCCUUCUGAUUUUAGUAGAACUAUUCUUCGUAAGCAUAACCACCCUAUGCCUUAUUGUAACGUUUUUAACCCGUAAACUACACUGGGUACCAGAGGUUUUUUCUCGUGUUUGGUGAUGGAGAGCGGCGGAUGUGUCUUGACCGAAACCAUAAACGGCGCAUGAAAAGUGCCUGGCACCCAGGGUGCCCUUAAACACAAAAACGCACGAACUGUUUCUUAAACACGUGGCACCACUGACUGGUUUCUUUAGCUGAAGAGGGUUGCUACAACAGUCAGUAGGGAUCUUAAGCGGCGGCCGUGAAGAACGCGGUCGCGUCCGAGAGGGCAUGGGUCGUGACCGCCACCUUUGCGCGGGAAAAACAAACCAUAAGAUUUGGUUGGCCAAAUUUACUUCCGGCUGCCGUUCUCCGAGGCCACGUCCAGGGUAUCUUAAGGUCCCUAUAUGCUAUGCAUCGAUCCAGAGCUUGAAAAUUGUCCCGUCUGGUUGUCUGGGAAAAGGGAAUAUUUUCCUUCCAGGCAGGUAACUUAACACACUUGCUUGGAGGGACUGAUAGACAAGGUUUCGGGCAAAUUGUCUUCUCACUAAACAGUAAACUGAGGCAAGCACGUAACUGCACCCGGCAUUAGCAAAUUUUGAAAGCUACUUGCCUGAACUUGAAGCUGCAGUUCAAGAUAUUUUCUCAAGCACUGUGUCCAUUCAGGGUGCAAAGAAAGUCAUUUUUUACAGCUUGCCAUUCGGGCAAGUUGCGGCUAGCAUUUACUAGCCCAAAACUGAUUUCAACUAGCCCCAAAAAUUUUUUGAUAAGCAGGAUUGAUUACAUAGUUCUUCUGUAAUUUGAAUUCCUCAAAAAAACUUCACUUGCCCAUCUGGCAAGUAAAGAACAGAAUUCACUAGCCCGAUAGCAAUGCCACUAGUCCCGGGCUAUCGAAUACUACUUUCUUUGCACGUUGCCAUUGCACUCAGUAUUGCACUCUAAAUAAUUGUGUUUCUCGAUACAGUUUGCAGUAACUUCCGUUUCUUAACUUUGUAUUUUCUUCCACAGCCAGGACAGCAUCCAAAAGAGUUAAACCCAUAUUGGAAAGAUGGAGGAACAGGCCUACCAUCUGAGAGAGAGAAUGCACAGGAAACCAGACAAGUACAA